GGGCCAUUUUUCUGGACUUUGAAACCUUUCUGGGCUUCAUCGAAUGCCUCACGGACGCGACUGCAACUAGAUACCAGAGACGGAUAGGUAUAAGCAAAAGCGCAUCACUAUCCUGUAAUUUGGCCCUAGUUCUUGAAUCGCUUUUGGACUUGCAAAGCUCGAUUCUUUCCCGCUUUCUAUUGAUAUCAGAGUUGCAGAUUAAGUGUAAUCAUUGGAUGAUAUUACUUGGGACGUGAAGCAGUCAUGGCUGAGGGGACAGAGAUUGAGGACAGGGUGGAUUUUGAUGAUGACAAUUACAUUGAAGAGAUGGAUGAUCUUGAAGAACAAAUAGAUGAUGAAGGGGCUGGGGAAGGUGGCAGUGAAAAUAAUUUAGACAGACCUGAGGAUGUGAGAAGUGAGGAUAGUGGGAAGGACCAGUUGCAAGAAGUAGAUGGAAGCGAACCAGAUCAAGCCGUCAUUUCCAGGGAGCCUGUGGAAGAUGAAGAAAAGCCUGCUGCCUCCAUUGAUGAAGAUGAGAAAGCGAAGCAUGCUGAACUCCUUGCUCUUCCUCCGCAUGGAUCUGAAAUUUUCAUUGGGGGGCUUCCUCGUAAUGUUGCAGAAGAAGAUUUGAGGGAUCUCUGUGAAUCACUAGGUGAAAUCUUUGAGAUAAGGUUGAUGAAAAAUAAGGAUACCGGUGAAAGUAAGGGUUUUGCUUUUGUAGCAUUCAAAAGCACAGAGGUUGCACAGCAGGCCAUUGAAGAGUUACACAACAAGGAAUUCAAGGGGAGAACAUUAAGGUGUUCGCUAUCUGAAGCUAAAUACAGAUUAUUUAUUGGAAAUGUUCCAAAGAGCUGGACAGAUGAUGAGUUUAGAAAAGUCAUCGAGGAAACUGGUCCUGGAGCAGAAAACAUUGAGCUUAUAAAGGAUCCUCAAAAUCCAAUCCGCAAUCGUGGUUUUGCUUUCGUAGAGUAUUACAACAAUGCUUGUGCUGAUUAUUCUAGACAGAAAAUGUCAAGUGCAAAUUUUAAAUUGGAUGGCAACACCCCAACUGUUAGCUGGGCUGAUCCAAAGAGUACACCUGAUAAUUCUGCUGCUGCUUCUCAGGUUAAGGCUCUCUAUGUGAAGAACAUCCCUGAGAACACCCCAACUGAACAAGUGAAACAACUAUUUCAACGCCAUGGGGAGGUUACUAAAGUUGUUAUGCCUCCUGCUAAAUCGGGUGGCAAAAGAGAUUUUGGUUUUGUACAUUAUGCAGAACGGUCCAGCGCAUUGAAGGCUGUCAAAGAUACAGAGAAAUAUGAAAUUGAUGGUCAGGUGUUGGAAGUUUGUCUUGCUAAACCUCAGAAUGAUAAGAAGUUUGAUGCGGUUAAUCCUCACACUUCCGGGCCUCAUCCAAAUUACAUUCCCCAUCCUGGUUAUGGUGGCUUUCCUGGAAAUCAGUAUGGCCCUGUAGGAGCUGGAUAUGGUGUUGGCACUGGCUUUCAGCAGCCCAUGAUAUAUGGUAGGGGACCGAUGCCGGCAGGGAUGCAGAUGGUGCCGAUGGUUCUGCCAGAUGGUCAAAUUGGCUACGUUCUUCAGCAGCCUGGAGCGCAGAUGUCGCUUCCGAGGCCUAGGAGGAACGAUCGUGGCAAUGGCUCAGGUGGCCCACAAGCACGGGGAGGGGGCAGUGGUGGUAGCGAUGAUGCCAACCGUGGCAGACGGUAUAGACCUUACUAGGCUUAGACGAUGAAUAACAUGUCGAAUAGUAGUAGUUGUGCCUGAAAUUCUCCUCCUGUUCCAACUGUGCGCUCGCACAUCCCCUUUUCUCCUGAAAAGAAAAAAAAAAAAAAGAAGAGAGAAAAUGGGGGAGCGGAUUAACCAAAGAACCACAAUGGUGGAGGCAUUUAUGAUCUUGUAGUGAUCUCAACUCUGUUCAGAGAGUUUUAAAAUUUUCUGAUGGUGGAGGUAUGUCAUAAUUUUCUUGUAGCA